AUGGGGGGCUCUGUGCCGAAGGGGGCCUCUGGUGAGGGUGCAGAUGAGCCUUUGCCCGAGGGUGCAGAAGAACAACUGAGUACCGGUGAUGGCAUUUUGGAAUUUAGUGGUCGUAAGAUGCCACGUCUUCCAGCAUCCAUCUGUAACCUGUCUGAGAGCCUUAAUAAGCUUUACUUGACUGGAACGAUGAUAACUGAACUGCCUGAUGACUUUUACCAACUAGAAAACCUGCGAACACUGGCACUAGAUGCCAAUAGACUGGCAGAGUUGCCAGAGGCUGUGUGCUCCUUGCCAAAGCUUGGUCGCCUGUAUAUAGGGGCCAACCACCUGCAAGGACUUCCUAUGUCCUUCGCAAGACUUCAGAGUUUGCGGAUAUUAUGGAUUGAACGCAACUUUCUAUAUCACUUUCCACGGGUGCUGUUGAGUUUGCCCGGGCUGCGCUGUUUACAGAUGGGGGAUAACCGCAUGAAGAGGCUUCCAAGCGAAAUAGCAACUGCCAUGCCCGGACUGAAAGGCUUCUGGUUGUAUGCAAACCGCUUCGACAGGGUCCCCAAUGCUCUCCUGCGCUUACAUGGCCUGGAAAUUCUAGAUCUUGACAAAAACCGCAUAACGGAAUUCCCUGACAUGAGUAGAAUGAAGGGACUGCGUUUGCUCGCUUAUGACCACAACCCUGUGACAUCGCCACCCAAGGUGGCAGCGACUGUGACUUUAGUAGGAGAGGGCGCUCAGGAGUUUAUGGAAGAGCGGGAAGAGCAGAGAAGACAAAGGGAGGAGGAAGAACAAGAGGAGAGAGAAAGGGAGCAGCAGGAAGCAGAGAACAAGGAAGCUGAACAGGGUGAGGAAGAAGGGCAAGAGGGACAUGAAGAAGAACUUUAUGAGAGGGAAGAGGCUAAGGAAAGAGUGGAAAACCCCAAUGAUCACUAUUACCCAGAGUAUGAGGAGGAGCAGGACUACAUGGAGGAUGAAGAAUAUUAUCCCGAUGAGGGACGGUAUUAUAACCAGUGGUAG